UCUCUCUGAACCACAGAUUCGAGGAUUAGUCUUUGUUGUUUCAAAAAAAAAAAGGAUUAGUCUUUGUUCAGUGCUAACUUUUUUUUUUUGUAACUGAAAGUGCUAACUUAUGCAUACAUAUGUUUCCGUUGUCGUCGUUUAUAUCAGCUGAAAGCAGUUUACAAAAAAAAAAGUAAUUAACAGCUUUAUAAAAAUCCUUACAAGCAUAAAAUUAACGUCCCCGAUCUAUUUUUUUCUCCUUUAAAAAAUCAAUUGUGUCUCUGGUUUUAAUUUGUGUUUAGUGAAACUAGUCCUGGCAAAACUUGAAGCAUAAGUGUAAACCCAAAUUUAUAAAGCUCAAAUCAUGUAAAUUCUUCUCUAUUAAGUUUAACUCCAUCCUACAAAAAAACCUUAAAAAAAAGCAUUUUCUUCAAAACAAAAUACAAAAAAAAACUACCCGAAAAGGUUAGGAUGUCUCCGCCGGAGGCUGAAAUGGGUGCGGUAGCGGUGACCGCUCCGCCAACGCCAGGAACCCCGAGAGGACCGUUGAUCACGGGGAUGAGAGUUGAUUCAAUGUCGUUCGAUCAUCGGAAACCGAUACCUCCAUGCAAAUGCUUGCCGAUGAUGGGAAACCCUUGGGGUCAACACGACACGUGCUUUACCGAUUUUCCCUCUCCUGGUGUCUCCCUUACUCGCAAGGUUGGGGCCGAGUUCGUGGGAACAUUCAUCUUGAUAUUCACCGCGACAGCCGGACCAAUCGUGAACCAGAAAUACAACGGAGUGGAAACCCUAAUCGGUAACGCAGCAUGCGCAGGGCUCGCCGUGAUGAUCAUAAUUCUCUCAACUGGUCACAUAUCAGGGGCUCACUUAAAUCCAUCAGUGACCAUAGCAUUCGCAGCUCUAAGACACUUUCCUUGGGCCCAUGUACCUGCUUACAUAGCGGCUCAAGUCUCAGCUUCCAUUUGCGCUUCAUUCGCACUCAAAGCAGUUUUCCAUCCUUUCAUGUCGGGAGGUGUGACUGUUCCUUCUGUUAGUGUUGGACAAGCAUUUGCCCUUGAGUUUAUCAUCAGUUUCAUUCUCCAGUUUGUUAAUACUGCCGUUGCCACCGACAUCCGUGUCGUUGGAGAAUUGGCCGGUAUAGCUGUUGGAGCCACUGUCAUGCUCAACAAUCUUGUUGCAGGGCGAUCGAGUGGUGCAUCUAUGAAUCCCGUUAGGACUCUAGGACCUGCCCUUGCAUCAGGAAACUACAGGUCACUUUGGGUUUAUCUGGUAGCUCCUACACUUGGUGCUCAAGAUUAACGAUAACGUGUCGGACCCCCCAAGUCAGGUUAGAAGCUUCCGUCGUUAAGUGAGAGACUUGUCCACAAGUCUUCUGCUUGUUACUGUUACUGUAUAAUUUAUAAUAGUGUAAUGAUAUGAAAAGCUUUGGAAGCUUAUGUAAAGAACCUGAAGGCGAUGAAAAGAAAAAGAAAUAAUAAAAGGCGAUGUGACUACAAGUCCACGCUCUAUGUGUGCAUAGCAUCGGUUUCUCAA